AACCCUUUCACCUACCGGCAGAAGGAAGAUCACGGCGAUGAAGCUGUUAGCCAUUAUUUAAGGUCACCUCCUUAGGGUGAAAAUCACCUUUGCCCCUUUCGUCCAAACAAAAACGAACCUCAUGGCGGCCACUCCUCUCUCGACUCUUGUCCUGCUCAGCCAAUGGCGCAAGUUUCUGCAUGCUGAGCGCUCUCGCUUGAUCCGGGAGAGCGUGAGGGCCGGGAGGAAAGCUAUGUCUGCAGCGUCCAAAGCCUGUGCAGCUGCUGACGAGGCUUAUCUCACGGAAGGCUAUAAAGUCCUCCACAACAGGAGUGUCGUGGUGCAUUCGCUCCAAGAAAUAGAAGUUUUAAUUGCUUUAUUCGAGUGUACCGAAGGGCCCUAUAGGCUUAAUAGGGUUAGAGUUAAUGGCCCGGAGAUGGAAGUGGAACAGAUGAGGAGAGUCUCGAGGCCGCCAAAUUCGAGCUCGUGGAAGGGAACACGUACGCCCUUCCGAACACGGCGCAGGAGUGACUCCGAAAGGCAGACGAGGAGAGGAAAGGAGAAGAAGAGUAGUGUAGGAGCAGUGCUCCUUUUAUAGGGAGCAGGUUAUAUUUACAUUUACUAGGUCCUCGCCAGCGGUCCGUUUAGCGCCAUGCUGGCCGUUUAGCUGUUUGAGAAAGAGAUUGUUGUCAUGUUUGGCCUUUCCUCUUCCCCUUAAAUAAAUGAUGGGUUUGAAUUUUAGGC